AUGGAUCUCUUAGAAGAUAUUUUCCAAAAUAACUUACCCAAGUAUCUCGAAGAUGGCGACAGCUUCGAUUUUAUCAUAGUGGGAGCUGGGAGUGCCGGGGCCGUGCUAGCGAACAGGCUGACGGAGCACGGCGGGGCCAAGGUGUUGGUCGUGGACACCGGCGGCGACCCACCCGUUGAGGCAGUGCUCCCUGGCUUAUUUCAAUACACGCCGCGAACAAGGAUAGACAAAAACUAUACGUCUGAGUACGAGAGCGGGCGGCAGCAAUGCCACCGCAACCGCGUCGCCAACCUGACCAGCGGCAACGUGAUGGGCGGCGGCAGUAGCAUCAACUACAUGAUCUACGUGCGUGGCAAUCGGCAAGACUACGACCACUGGGCCGAGCUCACCAACGACACCGGCUGGAGCUACAGAAGCGUGUUACCUUACUUCAUAAAGUCAGAAAAACUACAGGAUCCCGAAAUAUCGCACUCUCCGUUCGCGGUGUAUCACGGCACUGAUGGAUACAUUGGAGUGACGCGACAACAUGAUAACAGCACCGAUAAAUAUUUCGAGGCCGUGAAGGAACUCGGCGAGGACGUUCUUCUCGACAUCAACGGCGAGCGGCAGGUGGGGUACACGCGACAGCUGCUGACAGUGGCCGGCGGCGCGCGCCAAAGCACCGCCUGCACUUACCUCGCCGCCGCCAGGAACAGGCCGAACCUCUUCGUUUUGAAGUACACCACCGUCACUAAAAUCGUUUUCGAUGAAUUUAACAACGCGGUCGGAGUGACUGCGCAACUAUCGAACGGCACCAAAGUGACCCUCCGAGCCAGAAGGGAAGUUCUGCUCUGCGCCGGCGCCAUCAACAGUCCCAAGCUAUUAAUGCUGUCUGGAGUUGGGCCGAAGAAACAUCUACAUGAAAUGAGGAUCCCGGUGCGCGUCGACUUGCCGGUCGGGUACAAUUAUCACGAUCACGUUCAGGCUAGUUUGUUAUUUAAAAUGGAAAGAUCGAACGCAUCUCAGGCAGCGCCGCCCCUCACCGAGUUCCCGCUGACCACCUUCACGGGCUAUGUCAGCCUGGAUGCGGGGCCACCCCGGCCGGACUACCAGGUCAUCAACUUCAUCGUGCCCAACGAUUCGACGGCAACGCUUCAGCUGUGCGCUUUUAACUUCUGGUUCGAUUACGACAUUUGUCAAAAGAUUUUCGACGCGGUCAAAGGAAGAUACACGCUGUUCAGUUCCGUGAAUCUGAUCUACCCGAAGUCCCGCGGCAGGGUGUCGCUGCGCAGCGCCAAUCCGUUCGAGGACGCUCGCAUCGACACCGGCAUGCUGACCGAUCCGGCGGACGUCGAUAGCUUGGUCCUUUACCUUCAAAACUUUUUACGUAUUUUAAACACAAAGUAUUUCCGUAGUGUAGACGCGGAGCUGGUCGAUUUGGCCUGUGCCAAAUGUAACAAUUCAGAGUUUGCAAGUGCGGAGUACUGGCGGUGUUACGUGCUGUGUUUGAUGAACACGUACUUCCACUACGUGGGCACGUGCGCGAUGGGCUCGGUGACGGACUCUCGGCUGCGUGUGCGCGGCGUGCGGCGGCUGCGCGUUGUGGACGCCAGCGUCAUGCCCACCACAGUGGGCGGCAACAUCAACGCGCCCGUCAUCAUGAUCGCAGAGAAGGCGGCUGACAUCAUCAAACGGGCACAUUUCGGUUGAUGAUCUCAAGAACAUUGAUUUAACUUUUGCGUUGUAACGAUUACUGAUAACAGAUAACAUGAAUCUAAUAAAGAUUUUUUGUGCACUUA